UCCAGCAAUUCCUUUGAGGAAAUUGAAGAAGAUGAUGAAUUUCAAGAUUUCAAAGAUUGUAGCAGUUGCUCUGCUGUUUUGCCUGGUUGUUUUCUCCUUUUCUACAUCUGCUUUGGCUAAAUCUAAACAUGCAAAGCCAGCCAAAGUAGCUCCACUCAUAGUAGGAUUUUACUCGAAAUCCUGUCCACUUGCCGAGAAGAUCGUAAGAAAUGCAGUGAACAAAGCCGUGUCCCUCAAUCCUGGAAUAGCUGCUGGCCUCAUUAGGAUGCAUUUUCAUGACUGCUUUGUCAGGGGUUGUGAUGGUUCGUUGUUGCUGGAUUCCGUGCCUGGAAAACCUGUUGCAGAGAAAGAUAAUUUGGCAAAUAAUCCAAGCCUUCGAGGGUUCGAGGUAAUUGACGAGGCAAAAGCUCUAAUCGAGGUUAUAUGUGUUGGAAAAAAUGGUUUAAUGGGUCAACUUUGAGCCCAAAUUUCAGUGGGAUCCACCUUUUAAAUAAUGCGGGACCUAGCAUAUUCACGUUCUACUCCGCGAGAUGAUUAACGUGAUAUAUU